AUGACCAAGAAGAGAAGCUGGAGAAAUGAUGAAACUGUGUUGUUGACUGAAGAAUGCAGUGCCAUCAUUCAACACAAAUUGCCUCAGAAAUUGAAAGAUCCAGGCAGUUUCCAAAUCCCUUGCAUCAUAAGAGAAGUCAUGGUGGAGAAGGCCUUGUGUGACUUAGGGGCCAGUAUCAAUUUGAUGUCUCUAACAAUGAUGAGAAGAAUGAAGAUUGAGGGAGCCAAACCAACAAGAAUGGCCCUCCAAUUGGCAGAUCGAACUUUUAAAUUCCCUCAUGGGAUAGUUGAGGAUUUGUUGGUGAAAGUGGGAGAUUUUAUAUUUCCUGCCGAUUUUGUGGUGUUAGAUCUGGAGGAAGAAGCCAAAGCUUCGAUAAUCCUGGGAAGACCCUUCCUGGCUACUGCUGGAGCCAUCAUAGAUGUCCAAAAGGGAGAACUCACUCUUAGACUACAUGAUGAGAAAUUGGUGUUUAAUGUAUUCAAGAAGAAGAAGGAAGGAAAGUCUUAUGGGACUCCCAUGGCUCCACUUAUGGAGGACAUUUUGCAGGAGAAAGAACAGCAGCUAAGGUGUUGCAGUGUGGUUUUUAUUGGCCCACUAUCUUCAAAGAUGCAAAGGAACUAG